AUGUAUACUAAGCUACUAUCACCACUUCUAGGCAAUCGCAUCCAGCCCGCACAAAAAUUCCCGCAGAUUCGCCUUAAAGCCAAGGAGCAUUAUCAGCUAACGCAGCGUCGACGUGGGUUUCUUUCGCUUUCUGAUUUUCAAGACGAUAACGUCGACUUCAUCCAACAUGAAUAUCAACCCGGGCAGAUUCUCGAGGUUCGUCGGGAGGACCAAAAGCUUCUUGCCCUUGGCGCGUUCGAGCCUCAGCUGGGGCGAGUCGACCUCUUCCACACCGCCUCUCAAACUCCUUCAGCAAUGCUUCCGGUGAUUAGUGAGGACUUCUUCACCGCCCGAUUACGCGAUCUCCGCGAGCGACGGCAUCAGGACCUCCAGCAAUGCCGUUUUACAAAUACCUAUCGUAUGGUAAACGGCGCUGUGGACGGCUUUCCCGGGCUUUUCAUAGAUCAGUUUUCGGAUAGUUUUCUCCGCGUGAUCGCGACCUCGGCGCUCGCAGAGCGUCUGCUCCCCGCCGUCUCGGAGUUCCUGCUCGAACACCGGGCGGAGGAACUUCUUUUAGACUCCCCUACCCUUGGUGAUCGGGCGCGGCUGAGCUUUACCCGGCCAACCUUGACGUUGCCGAAUAUCUACGUCGAAGGUGGGGUUCAGCUGCCAUGGCCGCCUUCGAAAGCGAACCGGCAGCCGACCCUUGAAAAUAGGCUUCUUAUCAAUCCCGCGCACCGCCGUGCGCGUCAUUUAUUGCGGGAGAUAAGCGCUGGAAAGCGGGUUUUAUGCUUUAACGAUCGCAGCGGCGCCGCCGCACUAAAUGCGGUCAUGACGGCUAAGCAGGUCGUGGUUGUGGGGGCGGAUCAUGCUGCGUUGGAAUGGACUCGCAGCGCCCUCCUUUUCAACCACGGUGCUCCUAUUUUCGAACAAUGCGAAUUGAUUCAGCUGCAGGCUUUAAAGGAGCUUUUGCACUCUACCUUUUCUUUAGGCAUGCCACCGCCGGAGGUGGUUUUCGUUGAACACGAUUCCAACUCAUUGGCGACAGCGCAGCAGUGGCGAGAAUUUCUCAUUGGAAUGAUGUCCAAAGGGCUUUUGUGUGUUGGAACGAUUUUAAUCACCGCGCAGGAGGGUCAUCCUCUCGGUGUUGCUGAUUUGAGCGCGCGAAGAGAACAGCGCUUCCAGCAAGAAUCGCCCGAUUCCACCGUGUCUUUUGGGGAUAUGUCGCCAUUGAUUAUGAGUGCCGCCGAGGCCUGCAAGCUUCAAGCGCGUGUUUUGCGAACCUUUUCCUCGUCGUGGGAUUUCCCAACGUUUCCUGUGGACGAUCCUAGCUGUUUCUCACACGUUUGCCUUAUCGAAGAGCCGUCUGUCAACAACUUACACGAAGUUGAUAAAGGUAAAGAUUAA